AGAUAUUUUUUGUCGUCUCAAAAAAUAUUAUUAUUUUUUAUUUGAUAACACUAUAUUUUACUAUAACAUUAUUUUCAUUCUAUCCCUAGUGGAUCUCAUUUUAUUAAAAAAGUAAAUUUUAAGAAGUGUAAUUUUGUAAACUUUAUAAAAUCAUCGUUUAUUUUUUUACCUUCGUGUCCAAUCAAAUAACUCCACGUAAGAAGAAAGUAUGAAACAUGUACAGUACUGUUAAUAUAAAUUAAACUACUUCCACAGGUUCUAGAGAUAGAGAAACAUACACAAAGUCCAAAGAAACCAUGGGAGUAGCAGCAGCUCAGGUCAACCAUUUUUGGUUCUAUCUUUUUAUACUCUUUUCCUCCAUUGCCGUUUCCUCCAUUUCUGGAUCUGAAGAUGAUUGUGUGUACACAAUUUUCAUUCGAACCAGUAAGAAAAUAAAGGCUGGAACCGAUUCAAUUAUCAGCUUAACUCUGUACGAUGCAGAGGGAUACGGUAUUAGAAUCAACAACCUGGAGGCUUGGGGUGGACUUAUGGGCCCGGGUUACAACUAUUAUGAGAGAGGAAACUUGGACAUCUUUAGUGGACGAGGCCCAUGCUUAUCUGGGCCGGUCUGCAAGAUGAACUUGACUUCAGAUGGAACAGGCCCAGGACAUGGAUGGUACCCUAACUACGUGGAGGUCACUGUUACUGGAGUCCAUUUAGAAUGUAACCAACAGAAUUUCGAAGUUGAGCAGUGGAUUGCAACCGAUCAUUCACCUUAUGAGCUAACUUUCAUCAAGGAUUUAUGUAAAAAGAAAAUGUUCGAUAAGAACCUCCCUGUAUCCGACAACGAUUCCAAGAAUAUUCCCAAAGUCGCUGCCACAUAAUCCAUCCACUAUUUAUUGGGCCUAAGCCCACAUUUUAUUACUAGUCUGUGGGUUUGAUGAUGUUUAUGCUUUUAUCAUUGUUUCGAAUGUAGUUCAAUAUAGAGGACAUUAAUUACUAUUAAUGAAUAAUAAGGCCCAAUAUAUAAUGUCA